AUGUCUACCAUGUCCGCACAUUACGAUGUUCUCCGUGAGGAGAUUACUGGUGCUGAUUUCCUUGAUAUGACCGAGAAAAAAUUUAUGCAAGAUAGAUUAGCGAGAGGACCAACAACAAGAUUCGCAAAACAGGUAAGCGAUCUCGCAAUGGGAACAUUCCGAUCAUUCUCUGGUAAAAGUGAUUGGCGUUACAAUAAUAUGUCUGUUAUAGUAUACUCACCUGUUCAUUGCUUUAGUCACCAUGAAAUCGAUGAAAAUAGUCCAGCGUUCAAGCUUUGCAUUGACGACAUACAUCGCAGGUUAGAAAAUAUGGGACUAGUCGUUGAUAAUACGUAG